GUGGGAGGGCCAGCUCCGAGAGGAGCAGACCGAUCAGUAUUUCGAUUUUCUCAUCUCCCACGGGCUCGGGGAGAUGCCAGAGUACAAGAAGCUCAGGCUCGGUGGCGUCGGCUUCGAUGAGGUCCGCCAAGGCGUAGAGAGCAUCAGGGAGGCGGAGAGGCACGCAGAGGAGCAGAACAGGAAGAUGCAGGAGGCCGCAGAUAUGACCGAGGCUGAGGGCGGCAACGAGGACGGCGACGGGAACACGAUGCCUGCCGAGGAGGGUGAGGCGCGGCGGGAGCCCACCAGCGAGACCGAGUUGCCAGGAUUUUUCUGGACCCAAGGCCGGCGUGAAUAUUGGAUCCCCACCGUGAAGCCGUGCUCCAAUGAAGCAGACGAUGAUGACAACGAUGGAGAUGACAGGCGAUCUGCGUUCAGUGCCAGGAAGGACCAGAUGCCUUUCCCAGAUUGGGCCCAGAUGCGGAUCGACAGCGUGAACCUUACAGUGUGCGGAGCUGGUCUAGAUGGAGUGUCUUGCAUGCAUGCGCGAGCUCGGAUGAAGAAGCUGCGGGACGAGUGGUCGAACAGCGAUGACCCUCAGCAACGAGAGGCAGCCACGAAGUUCAGCGAGCGGCUCGAAGCAGCCGGCUUGGCACAGAAGCUCGUCCAGCGAGGCUCCUUGCGCAGCCUCGACAAGACCGUCUUCCAGGACAGGGUGAAGACAUUGGUCAGCACGAACAUGGUGUUUCCGUCGGCCUUGGCUCGAGAGAUUACCGACAGGCACGUCUCCGACAUGAUGCAGCCUCUCUUGAAGGGCACCUUGGACACUCGCACUGUCUGCGCCGCAUUCUUCCCCUACGACAUCGAUGAGCUUGCGGCUGAGCCCGUCGACCAGGACACGUUGGCAGUUGAUGAGCGAGGGCGGAAAGAGUGGGACCCUUUCAACCCCCGAGGCUGCGACAUACCAGUCCUACCUGAACUGCUUGCUGAGUCUUUCGAGCGCUGUUUGUGUUCGUACGUGCUGAGCCCCCUGCUGAAACAAUGGUCGGUGAUGACAUCCAAGGGGUUCAAGGGGAUUGUCGUUGAGAUCAUGCAGCUUCUCCUCCAGCAGCCUGAGGGCAUCAGCAAGCCUGUGCGUUUGUCGUGCAACGCUGGGGUCAAAAUGUGCCGUGCAAUCCUGUACUUAGUAGACAACGUGGAGUACGCCAAAUACGAAAAGGAGUUCACCUUAGUUCACGACUACACGCCUCCAGCUUCCACCCCUGGCAAAGCGGACUGGAAAGGCAUCAUAGUUUUUACCAUGGGGAUCUUGAGCCAAGAGUCGGAGUUCUUCAAGCCGACGAUCUUGGACAUACGGCAAACGAAAGCUACCCACUCGACAGCCAAGGCGACGGUGGACGAGUAUUGCACGAAGGUGAGCAAUGCAGGUGCUACCUGGCCCGAGCGGGUGGACGAUGCAAGUAAGGCUCUAGCCGACAUUGCGUCGCUGAAGGCGAAGACCAGGGAGGGCACUACGAGCGCGCUGAUGCAGGCGCUCGACGACUUUGCGACCAAGCUGGGCGAGGCUGCAGAUGACGUCAUUAACACCAUGUCGAGCAAAGAUGCUGACCACAAGACCCAGCUGGAGCUCCUCCUGGCCGCGAAGACGUACUUUGAAGUUGCCUCCAGGGCCGCGACGCGCCACGACCACGUGCACGGCAAGUGGAAGCCCACGCUAGACGAGCGCCGUGCGGCCAGAGCACGGCUUUCGUUGUUGCCUGAUGGGCUCGCUCUGAUUGCAGGGGAGCACACGCCUGCAGGCGAGGACCCUGGAUCAGAGCCGCUCGAAUUCGUAUAG